GCAGUCCGGCAGCACUGCCAUCGGCUAUCGAUGCAUAUCGAUAUCGAUAGCGUACGUGUCACAAUUAGAACGCAAAAGCAAAACAGCGGCAUUUAUUUACAACAAAAGCAAGCGUUUAUAAAAGAACCUAGUGAAAAUGGCAGAUGAGCAACCGAAUCUUGUGGCUGGCCACCCACCUGCACUGAAGGCGGGCGGCAUGAGGAUUGUGCAGCACAAGGCUCCCACAGCUGAGCGUGCGCCCAAGGAUGCCGAGGAUUGCACUGGACUCACACAACCCGUGGCCGUAAACUCCGGCUCGGUGAGCGGUGCUCCCGUUAAGGGCAACACGGACUUUACGCCCGCCUCCGCUCAGGUGGCCCACUCGCACAAGCCGCCGGCUGCUGUGCAGCAGAAGCCCCUUAACCACAUCCAGCAGCCACGCAAGUGAUGCGGCUUGUGAAUACUUCAAACCCAAAUCCUUGAUCUUUUGCUGAAAUAUUCUCCUCCAUGUUCUCAAUGGUAUUUGAUUUAUAUAUAUACUUUAUAUAUUACAUUUUGCAAUUGCAUUCCAUAACUGAAUUUUGAUGCUUUUCAAGUUAAUAUUUUGUAAUAAAAACUAAACCUUUUUGUAGGAA